AUGAACAGGAAAGAGCUCCAUUCUGAGCACCCGGACAUUCGCUAUGGAAGGCGCUACUCAGAUUAUAAAGAAAAACUGCUGGAGGGCCUCUCACAGAUUGAUAUGAAUUACGUAAAGGAGAGAAUGGGGGACAAACACUUCUCCACUUUUCCAAUGGACGUUGUUGAAGAAACCAUGUGGUUUUGGGGCCUCUCCAAAGAGGGCCCGAGGGAGAACCAUCCCCGGGGGAAGUACACCCUGCCCCUGAAAAUUGCAAUCACGGGGAAGAUCAAAAAAGACGCUAAAAGGCUGGCUGAACAUUUGAGGAGGAAGUUCCCCCUAAAGGUAUACGACGUUGAUGAGAUUGAAGAGGACGUCCGACGGGUUUGCAGCGGGGGGAGCAGUCACGAUGCAGCCCCGCGGUUGGAGACAAGUACAGACGCACAAAAGACCAAACGGAGAAUCGCCAGGAAGAUAAAAAGGAUCGCUCAAACGUUGGAGCAAAAGAAUUAUGAAGAAAAAAACAGGGAUAGUCUCUACGCAGAUUUGCUGUACUACCUCAUAAAGCACGACUAUGACCUCUUUCAUGUGAGCAGACGGGGGGGGAAGAGCAAAGGGUUAAAGGAAGUCUCCCCAAACGAAGAAGCAAAGGGCUCAAAAAGGAACAAGUACAGGGGGUACAUCAUCGUCAAUUUCUUUUAUUCCCUAAAACAGUACGCCCUCUUUGAGCUGAAGGUGAAGAAGCGUUUUAUCUUCAACGGUUUUUCACACGAGCAUCUUCGCAAUUUGGAAAGGGGAGUAGUACCCCCUGGGGAUAACACCCCCCAUAAGAAUAAAGCGGAGAAUCAAGAGGGAAAAGGAGACCCUAAACUGGGGGUGAACAAACAUGGUGGUAAUAAAAAGCGAAGCGGUAAAACUGACGCUGCGGUGAGGCCCCUCCCCGAUGAUGGCGAUGCACACAGGGAGGAGGAAGUCACAACGGAACUGCAAACCAGUGAAAUGGAAAAAAAAAAUAUUUUAUUUUUCUCCAAUUUUAUUUGCAACAUUGAAGAUUGGAAUUGCGUUAAGGGAAGGCACCACUUCUCCGGGGCGACUGAUGUGCACUUCCACGUUGAGAGGAGCAAUAGGGAGAUGAACAGAAUUUUAUUUAGGCGCAUCACCAGGGGGGAACUCUCCACCGGGGGUGGUCGAGAAGAGGACAGAGAUAGCCACACGGAGGGAGACCUCUCUCCAAAGAGAAGCGAUGAUGUAUUUAUAAAACUGAAAAGAGUCAACCCUGCUAGUGUGCUCAAGCGCAGAAGCGAAAGCGACACUGAACUUCGGAUCCCACAAGGUUGUAAAAGGAAAAAAAGGCACACCAUGAAGUGCAGGAUGGUGGGUGCGAAGGGGGUUCCAAAAAUGACUCCUAAAGAGGUACCGAAAAAGACUCCCAAAACGGGACAACACGGAAAAGACCCCAGGUGCACCUCUCCGGAUGAGCAAAAGUUCCGCCCCAACUUGCAUCUAAUGAGACGGAUUUUCCAGAUGGACCGAAGCUGCCAAGAGGUGGAGGCAUUCCUAAGGGAAAACGAGGGGGGGGCCACCUACCCGCGGUUUCAUCUGCUGGGGAGGCACCCCUGCAGGUCGGCGAGUCUUUUAGUUUCGAGGGUUUUGCGGAGUGGGCGGGGGCGCAGCGGAGGGGAAGUGGCUUCCCCCGGGGGGGGCAUAGGUGAAAAAGAAGCCAAAAUGGAGGGAGAAAAGGACGCCAAAAUGGAGGGAGAAAAGGACGCCAAAGUGGAGGGCAAAAAAGACGCCAAAGUGGAAGGCGAAAAAGACGCCAAAGUGGAAGGCGAAAAAGACUCCAAAAUGGAAAACAACUGUGCCGCUAAAAGAGACCCCCACCCGGGGGGAAACCCCCUCCCCCGCAGGGUGGACAGCCGCACAGCCACCUACUUCAAACUGCGCUACUGCCACAUCGUCAAGGGGUACAUAUCCCACCUCUUCAACCUCUUCAUGUGGAGAGAAAAUCUAAAAAAGAACGUAAAACAGACGGUCGAAGAGGUACAUAGAAAUAUGCACAUAUUCACAGAGGAGGUAGAAAUAGAACCCAUCAACGAAAUCGUUCAGUCCUACAACCGAUUGAGAACCUCUGGGAUUCGAAACAAAAAAGUGGAUCUAGUCUUGUGUAAAGAGAUGAACAGCAUUAUGUUAAAAAUAUGGCUGCGCAUUUUGAAGGGGAAAAAGGACUCCACACAGAAGCAGAAAAUGUACAUACCGAAGUGGAUGGAUAAGCAGAUGUCCCUCCUCAUCUUUUUCGCCUUCUACUCAAUCAGCAUAGAACACGAGUUGUAUGUGAAGUUGGCCCACUUUGUAAACGAACUGAUCUGUUGUCUCCUCAAUCAGGAGGAUGGGUCUGCAUCCAAAAAUGAAAAAGAGAAACAUUUGCUCAUUUUUCAUUAUUUCCCAAAAAGUAAAAAAGAUUUCUACUCAUUUGAGGGGGGCAACUAUCACUUCCCCUUUUUGCAAAACGUUCGGGAGGAUGUGCGAAAGUUUUUAACGGAGCAUCUGGAUGGGAGAAGUUCAAGCAAGUCGCGAAGUGACGACUCGAAUGGGCAUGACAGCCCCUUCCACAGGGAACGAGAAAAGGAUCUCCUCCUCCUAGCCAAAGAGUUCCAUUUCUUAAGCAGCUGCAGAUUUGUUCAUAAAUUUAAUUGCCUCCUCAACGAUACGGUGGCUACCCUUAGAGAGUACCUCUUCAUUUUCCAUGACCUUAACAACUGCAUUAACGAUUUUAUCUCCCUACACUACUUCGCCAUCUACAAACGGGUGAAUCUCACCUGUGUGAAUGUGAAGAGGGCCAUCCAGAGUGAAAGGCCUAUCCGUUUUUCCUGCACUGGGGGGAUGCGAAAGGGGAACACCCCAGGGAACGCCACCGUGAAUAACGCGCACAAACCUGCCGGGAGGAGAAAGAAAAAAAAAGGCAACAUCGCAAAUGAGGAGCAUCCCUUUUUUAACCGCACCGAAAUGAAGCAGUCUUUUCGAAGGAGCAUGACGUUCACUUUUUUAAAAAAUGUUAUGAGCCACAUCCUCGUUGGACACCACUCCGUUGUGAUAUCCAGGGGGGACCUCCAAAAUGCAAUCACGCAGAGUCUCCUUCUUGUAAAAGACAAGACAGAACAAGUGACCAUCUCCAAUUGGAUUGGUGGUACUCUCCUAGACGCCUACUUCGAAGAGCGCAGUGUAUCCCCGGAGCACUUCCUCCAAAACAGUCGGACGAACGAUCAUAACGAUUCGCCAUGUGUCUUCCCUAACACGGAGGGAAAGCAAAACGGAUAUGCUUUUUUUCCAGACUUUUUUUUCUUUCUCCUUUUUUUUUUCUUCAAAAGGGAGGGCCAUCCUACUUGCGCUCACAAGGUUGGCUCUGCGUGCGCGUUUUCGGGGUGGCCCGUGUGCGUGGCUGCCACGUCUGCCCAGCAUUGCUACGUCUACCCAGCAUUGCCGCGUGUCAUUGCUACGUGUCACUUCUACUCGCCACUUCUCCCCCCCUACGGUCAGAUUUUCCCGAACUACCUGAACGUCCUGGAGCAGAAGCUGGCAUCCACGGGGGAGCUCAGUGGGGGCGAACUGCUGCAGGUGCUGAGGGGCUGCCUCUCCUUUUGGGCAAGCUUGGCUGAUGGGGGCAGCCCCCUUGGCGGAGGCGCUCAGGCUGAGCGGGGUGACGAACAGAGUGGCGAAAAGUGCAACUCGGAAGACGCCGCGCAUUUCUUCUCAAGGAAUACCGCCAACCCAGCAGCUAGCGAAAACUGCGCAGAGAGAAACCACCUGAACAAGACGAAAAAAAAAAAAAACUGCGAAGAAAGCAUCGACCAUUUCACAUUCGCACAGUUUGCCGCCCUGGGACUAUUCGAUUUCGCGGACACACGGAAAAAACUCAAAAAGGAAGAAACACAAAAGAGGAGCUACGAAACUUAUCUGCUAAAUAAAUUCGUUUUUAAUUGUUUAUUUUCACUUAGUUUAUUUCCUAAUUUUUACGAACAUGUCCAAAUUUAUGUAAAAAAUUAUUUGUUGAAAAAAAAUGCAGAAGUGGUCUCCUCCUUUGAAAAGUGCGUCAUGGAGAAAAUGAAGAGUGCAGAGGGGAGGGCGGGGGAUGUGGCCCUCGUGUCCCCUGCGCAGCCAAAGGGGGAGGGACUAAAUGGUUUGAGAAGGGGGCAAGACCAUUCUGCGACGCUGUUUAAUACAAAAAAAAAGGUAGCGAGACUACUGCUCCCCACGCGGGAAGCAUUAAAUUCGAUAAUGCUCUCGCAAUGGCCAGUGAUUUAA